AUGAGAAAAUGGCAGGAGAAAUGGGCCGACUCAGGCGGAAGAAAAGGCGCAUGGACAAAAGCGCUGAUCCCUGAAAUCAGCAAAUGGGUAAACAGAAGGCAUGGGGAACUAACCUACGGCCUCGCUCAGAUCCUCACCGGGCACGGAAAAUUCCAAUCCUAUCUCCAGAAAAUUGGGAGAACACCGACCGAUAAGUGCGUAUACUGCAGCAUCAACGAAGCGGAUGACGUAAUCCACACACUAUACAAAUGUGAAGCCUUCCAAGGAAUCCGGAGGAGCCUUGUGAUAUCAGAAGGCCAAAACGGACUUCAGGCCCUGAAAAACAAAGUCAGUGAAAUGCUAGAAUCUGCUGAAAAAUGGGAGGAAACUGUCAGGGAAAUUGACAGCAUCAUGAGACACAAAACUCACCUGGAGCGUCAAAAUAUAGCAAGCGACGCGGCAAACGGAGCCGGGAACGAAGUACCAGACGAAUAA